AAAAAAUAUCAGAUAACCUAAAAUUGUUAGUGUGUAAAUCUUACAAACAUGUCUUUAAAACCGCAAACAAAUAUAUUAGAACUGUUCGAAUCAAAAGAUCUAGUUAAAAUAUGCGCUCCAAUGGUGCGAUAUAGUAAGCUUCAAUUCAGAAACCUCGUAAGACAGUACGAUUGUGAUUUAGUAUUCACUCCUAUGAUCUUGGCUGAUUCCAUUUGCAAGAGCUCUAAAGCGAGAAAUAAUGAAUUUACUACUAAUUUGAUGGACACUCCUCUGGUAGUUCAAUUUGCUGCAAACGAAAUUCACGAUUUUGUAGGCGCUUCUUACUUGGUUGCUCCUUAUUGUGAUGGAGUUGAUUUAAACUGCGGAUGUCCACAAAGGUGGGCUAAGGAAAUGAAACUUGGUUGUGAGAUGCUGAAAAACCCUCAAAUAGUUUAUGAUUUAGUGAGACAAUGCAGAAAUACUAUACCUAAACCUUUUACAGUUAGUGUUAAAACACGAAUCUUGAAAGACUUGAAGAGAAGUGUAGAAAUAGCUCGACAGUUAGAGCAUAGCGGUGUCAGUUUUUUAACAAUACAUUCAAGAUAUCCGGAGGAUAACUGUGGCCCAAUUAACCAAGAAGCUUUGAAGAAUAUUUGUGAAAGUGUUCAAGUUCCAGUUGUUGGAAAUGGAGGACUAACAACUUUAGAAGAAUGUUACGAAUUAAAAACAAAGACUGGCAUCAAAGGAGUUAUGGUAGCUAAUGGUAUAUUGACAAAUCCAGAGCUGUUCUCUGGAUCUAACAAAACAUCCCUACAGUGCAUUCAAAAGUGGCUGGAUAUAUGUUACAACAGUACUCUAACUUCAACAGAAUAUAAUUCAACAGAAUAUUAUGGAACAAUUCAUGAAAAACCUCAUAAUUUGACAUUCCAGUGUUUCCACCAUCAUUUAGUUUUUAUGCUAGAAAAAGUAUUGACCAGGAAGCAAAGAAGGGUGUUUAAUAAUUUUAAAUGUUUUAAACAUGUAUUAAUAUUUUUAAAUGAACAUUUAGGCAUUAAACCACAGUUAUUUACUCCAGAAACAUUUAGUAGAUAUAAUUCAUUAGAUACAGAUUAUAGUGGACGAGAGGUAUGUUAUAAUGAACUAAAUCCAAGCAAAAAUACGUGUAAUAUGAAGCCUCAGCAUGAUUAUUUGGCUACAAGCGGGAAAUUUUUUAAUUCAAAACAAAACGUAGAUAAUGUAGAUGUAGAUAGUCACUGGUCUGAUAUAUUUGACGAAGCUGACUAAUAAGAAAAUGUUUUUUCUCUUUGUAUUUAGUAUAACGUCUGUUAGCUAAGAUUAUAAUCGAUAGUUAAUUGCAGUCCUGUGAUAAUAUUUUUUAAAAAUAUUUAUUAAUUUUAUUUAUGUACUAAUAUAUUUUAUGGAUGA